AUGAGCCGGCCCGAGGUGGACAAGCUGGCAGAGCGCCGCAAGACCAUGGAAAAGGAAAAGUCGUCCAAGUUCCCGCGCUUCAGCGGCUUCGGCAGCGGAACCUCCAAGGCGCGCAAUCAAUCCUUCGAGGACGACUCUCCAGGAUCCUCAAAGCGUGACAGCAAGUCCAGCAGUGGGACGCAAUUUUCCACCUCGCGUCCUUACAUGAACGCCCACCACGGCUCCACCUCAACCCUGCCCUCGUCCACCGACACGGGCUCCGACGACAACCUCUUUGCCACCGUUCCGCGCCCCCACAUUGCGCCGCACAGCACCUCGCCCGGCUCCUACUUCAGCUCCAAGAAGACGCUCCCUGCCCUGCCGCGGACUAGCUCAGGAGCACCCGCCAAUAAUAGCAACACGAUGCCCUUUGGCUUUGGUAAGCGAGAUCGCGCCAUGACCACCUCGAGCUAUGCCAGCACCGCCAUGCCGCCCAAGCUCGACCAAGACCUGUCCUUUGGAGAAGACGCUUCCUUUGACGACAUCUUCAGCGGCCUCAACCGCAAGGAAUCCCCUGACAUGGCCCGCCAGCCUGAGCCCCCGGGCCGCUCGCUCCUUGCGGAAAAGCGCACAUUCCAGCCCGAGCCCAUCAGAGUCCUGUCCCAGUCCCACGUCGAGCCGCCUUUAAGGAGUUGGGACAGCCGUGGUUCCGCCGACAACCUCAUGGGCUCGCCGCGCUCAGACGACGACGACUCCCCACCGCCCCUGCCGCCCCCACACAAGUACCAGCAGUACGCCCCCGUCUCCAUGGCCCCCGACAGCCCCGACCUGCACUCGUCCGCCACCUUCCACGACCCCAACGGCCACCAAGCUCGCCAGCCCUUUAUGCAAAAGGACACCUACCCCCCCAGCUCGCCCGAGCAGCACCCCACCUCCCUCUCCACCUCGUCCGCCAAUUCCUUGGAGACCCCCCUCUCGUCCCGCUCCGCCUCGACAAACGCCACCCCGAGAGCGCCCCUGCCGCCCUCGGCCAUUGCUUACGACGAUGACGACGAGGACAACCUCUUCGCCCCGCCGCCCCAAAAGCCCCAACCACCGGCCCCGCCUGCACCCAAGCAAGCCCCUCCCGUCCCAAAGGACCCCCCUCGCCCCCUCGACCCUUCAGGCUCGCGCGUCAUGUCACAGGCUGAGUUUCGCGAGUACCAGAAGAAGCGAGCCGCCGCCCCGCCCCCGCAAGACAGCGAUUCCGACGAAGACUACGAGGACGAAGAGGAGGCCAUCCGGAAGCGCCAAGAGGAGGAGGUCCUGAGGCGGAAGAACCAACAGAUGACGUUUGCGAGAGAAGCCAUGCGUCGCUCCACGACAGCCCCAGGCAACCCCAACAGGCCCGAGAGCAUCGUCGACGGCGCCUUUGCCUCGUCCACCAUGGGCUUCCCCUCGGAGACUUCGAUCAAGGCAGACGAAUGGGAGGACGAGGACGUUCCUCUGGGCAUACUUGCCCAGCACGGCUUCCCCAGCACAUCGCGAAACAGAGUACCCAGCCAGCCCACCAACGCCAUGCCCUCCUACCUCCCCGACCGCCCAGCCUCUGCCGGCGCCAUGGGUGGGAAUCGCGGAACCGCCCUUCCUGCCUUUGCCAGAAAUCUGCCCAUGGACCCACACAGCUCCUUCAUUGGCGGCGGCCUGGUGCACCACGCAAACCGCGAAUCGCUCGGCUUCAACCACCUCCCUCGUGGCCCACAGUCGGUCGCCGGCGAUGCAAUGACCGGUGGAGGCUACAGCCAAGGACCCAUGGGCGCACCACCACCGCUCAUGUACCAAGACGCCGGCAUGGCAGCGCCUUCCCUCGUCGACCAGAUCCAGAUGCGCGACAUGACCAAGAAGAAGUAUCUGGGCGGCGCUUCGAGCAAGAAGCCCGAGGGAGGUCCUUUUACUGGCAUGCUGGGCAGCCAGAUGAACAGCCAAGGCCAGCUUCAUAACCCCACGCGCGUGCCGCAGAUGCCCAUGAUGAACGGCAUGGGCAACGGCAUGGGCAACGGCAUGGGCAUGGGCAUGGGCAUGGGCAUGAACGCUAUGGGCAUGAAUGGUAUGGGCAUGAAUGGUAUGGGCAUGAACGGCAUGAACGGCAUGAACGGCAUGAACGGCAUGAACGGCAUGAACGGCAUGAACCCCAUGAACGGCAUGAACGGCAUGAACCCCAUGAUGGGAGGAGCCAUGGGCUCGCCUGGCCAGAUGCCGAUGAUGGGCAUGGGCUACAUGCCACAGCAAAACGACGUUAUGCAAAUGCAGCAGCAGUACCAGCAGAUGCAGCAGAUGAUGGCUAUGCAGAUGCAGCAGAUGCAGAUGCAGCAGAUGCAACAACAGCAGCAAGAUGCCCGGAUGCCGAUGGCUAUGCCAAACAACGCCUUCAACAACGGCAUGAUGGGCCAGGGUCAAAACAUGAUGGGCAACAACUCUUUUUUGAAUGUGCCAGGCAUGCAGAAUGGUAUGCAACCUCCUCAGAAUCGAACCAUGUCUUUGGUAUCUACAAACGGACAGCAGCAGCAGCAGCGGCCGUACUCGAGCUUUGGCAUGGGUAUGGGACCCGGUCCGGGAUACACACCGUCGAUAGCACCUUCUGAGCGUUCCAACAUUGGUCUUUCUGCGCGCUACCGACCGGUCACUAACCAUUCGGAUGCAGUCUCGAAUGGCACCUCGAUGACGCUGCAAGCCACGAGCGGCGGCGGCAACAAGCCCGGCGCGAUCAAGGGCAUCCUGAAGAAGAGCAGCCCGCAGUUGGAUGUAGACGAAAAGGACGACGAAGACUGGGGCUCCAUGGCGGCCCGCAAGAGCAAGUUCGGCAAGGGUAAAGAGAAUGCGAGCUCGGGCCUGGAAGACCUCACCCGCGGCCUGAACCUCUAG